AUGAUUGGAAAAUAUAAAAUAUGUGAACCAAUUGGUUAAGGCUAUUCAUGUAAAGUUUAUAGGGCAUAAUGUUCAGAAACUAAUUAAUUUUAUGCUAUUAAGGUUAUAAAUCAUUAAUAGAUGAGUGAGCCUUAAAUGAAAUUACUUGGAACAGAAAUUGAAAUCUUACAAACUUUAAAUUGCUAGAACAUCAUUAAAUUGAUUGACAUUAUUAAGAACACUUCUAAUACGUUUAUUAUAACUGAAUUAUGUUAAUAUGGGAGUUUAGAAGGUAUUUUUAGAAAAUACUUCAUAGAUCAAAUGAAUAAAAAUAAACAGUUUAAUGAAGUACAAGCAUUGAAUUUUUUGAAUUAAAUGUGCAAUGCCUUAUUGACUUUAAAGAAACAAAGUAAUAGAAACACCUUAUUUAGAAAUAAUACAUAAUGAUAUUAAACCAUCUAAUAUCUUUAUUUCAUAGAAUUGUUUCAAAUUAGCUGAUUUUGGGUUCGCUAUGAAAGAAAAUUAAAAUUACUAGUUUAACUUUGGAAGUCCUCUGUACAUGUCUCCAGAAACCCUAACAAAUAACCAACAUACAUAUUAAUCAGAUAUUUGGUCUUUGGGAAUCACAGUUUACUAAUUACUUCAUGGCUACACACCUUUUAAAGCAUAAAACGAGAAAGAACUUCUUCUUUGCUAUAUCAAUAAUUCUAUUCCAUUUAAUAAAGAAAUCAGUUCUAAAAUGCAAGCAAUUAUAUCAAAUAUGUUGGUAAUAGAUCCUUAAAAAAGAAUAACAAUAGAAAAGUUGCAGAUAUUAAUAGUUGAUAAAGAAAACAGCAUGAUAUCUUCAUCUUUUCAUUAGAGAACGAAAUCUCUCUCUUAUGACAAAUAACCUUUCUAAUUUAAGGAAUAGACUUUAAAUAUCUGCUUAUUUGUAAAAUCAGUAAGAUAGGAAAUUUAAGAUAAUGAAUUAUUAGUAUAUGCUCUUACUGGAAUUAUACUUUACUAUACUAAAUAAGAUUAAGGUAAUUUGUAAAGUUAUCUUAGAAAACGAAUAUAACUAGAUAACAGUGAUUGUCCAAUAAUAGAAGUAGCCAAACAUUUUCUAAAUGAUGAAAAGCGAUCUUUUGAAAUUUUGCAUGUCCUAGUUAGUACUCAGCAUUAAUCUCCUCACUGAUCAGUUGAAGUAACUAAAUCCAGUAUGUAUAAUUAAUAAAUAGUCAGAAUUUCUAUCAUGUUCAAACAAAAAAUGUUAGAUUAUUGGUCAAUUUAUAUAAUUUAUAUAUGUUUCUAAGAUCUGGUGAAUAGAAUAGGCCACUAGUACUUGUAAAUUAAAAUAUUACCUUUCAAGAAGCAUAGUAAUUGUUAAGCCAGAUCAAUAUUUGA